ACAAACAUGGCAGCGCCCUAGGUACCUCCGAGCAAGAGUAGUGAAGGAAUAGACUCGUUAUGAAACGUGAAUGAAUCGAUCGAAAGCCAGUAACGUUUGGACGAUCAACUAAAUCAGUCGAUUUGAUGUGUUAGGUGGGCAAGGGAUACCCUGUGCUGUCAGUUGAUGUUCAUGCCUUCCUCGCUCCUCCCUAUCCUCCUCUCCCUCCUGAUUGGCUGGGUCCACAGUCCCAACACCCUUCAUCAUGACUACUGUGUGUUGGGGGCUGGACCAGCUGGGCUACAGAUGGGAUACUUCCUGUCUAAGAGCCAGCGGGACUACAUCAUCCUGGAAAGGAAUUCAGGCCCUGGAAGCUUUUUCAACAUUUACCCUCGACACAGAAAGCUCAUCAGCAUCAACAAGAUCUACACAGGGAGUCGGAACCGGGAGUUCAAUCUGCGGCACGAUUGGAACUCCCUGCUGAGUGACAGGCCAGGCCUGCUGCUGCAGCGAAUCAGCACACAGAUGUACCCGGAGGCCGACGCCCUCCCACGCUAUCUGUCCCUGUACUCCAGGGAGCUGGGGCUGAAGGUGCGGUACGGUGUGGACAUCGGGAGGGUAAGCGCCUCAAACACUGGAGUGAGGAGCUACACACUGAGUGACCAGCUGGGGAGGCAGUACAGCUGCAGAGUCCUUUUGGUCUCCACCGGUCUCUGGGUACCCCAUCAGGUCCAGUUCGUCGGGUCUGACCUGGUGGAGGGUUAUGAGUCGGCGUCCGUCGAUCCAUGGGAUUACCUGAACCAGGCGGUUCUGAUCCUGGGCAAGGGGAACUCCGCCUUUGAAACGGCUCAGAACAUCCUGGGGCAUGCCAGCUCUGUGCACCUCUACAGCCCAAGCCCUGUCCGUUUGGCCUGGCAGACCCACUAUGUGGGAGACCUCAGGGCAGUAAACAAUGAGCUGCUGGACACUUAUCAGCUGAAGUCGUUGGAUGGCCUUGCAGACGGACGUCUUGAGGACAUCGCCAUCGUCAGAGGUGGAGGUGCAGACAGGAAGCGCACAGGCAGGACAGGGAAGGGGCGAGGCAAGGGCAGGCAGGGUCGUGAGCAGCUGCACUUGACCUUGGCCGAGCUCCUGGACAGCUCCAAGGGCAACAAGACCUCAGAGGUCACCAGAGAAACGGAAUCCAGCUACCUCAACGAUAACUUUCCCUUCCGCCAGCCGUACGACCGAGUCCUCCGCUGCCUCGGCUUCCAAUUCAACUUCUCCAUCUUCGACAGUUCUGCCAGACCGUCACCCAGUGCUGAAGCCAAGGGCCGGUUGCCGAGGGUGACUGCCUGGUAUGAAGGGCAGGGCACCCCAGGCCUGUUUGUGCUGGGGACUGCGGCACACUCCCGGGACUACCGUUCAUCUGCUGGGGGGUUCAUUCACGGAUUCCGCUACACAGUUCGUGCUGUGCAUCGGGUGCUAGAGCAGCGCUACCAUGGUAAUGCCUGGCCGUCUACAUCAAUCUCGAUCAAUCAGCUCUCCUCCUGGCUGCUGAGGAGAGUCAAUGAAGCCUCUGGACCAUACCAAAUGUUUGGAGUUCUGGGGGAUAUUGUGUUGCUGCAAGGCCCUCAUUGCGAGUAUCUGGAGGAGUUCCCACUCCAAGCCCUGCCUAAAUUCACCACCCUGUCGGGCCACCAGGUGCCCAAGCAGGGCCUGCUGGUUCUGGUCCUGGAGUAUGGGCUGAACCACACUGACACACUGGGUGCUGGGCGUUCCCAGACAGAAUGGACCCAGGGCUGGAAGUCCAGAUUCCUCCACCCGGUCCUGUACUUCUACAGCAAGCUUCCCACAGAGCGUGAUAUGAAACGCCGGCCAGCUGGGUGGGCCCUACCCCGCCCCGAUGCCGUACAUCACAUAAUCGAGGACUUCCUGACCAAGUGGGACGCACCCAUGUCCCACAUCCAACCGCUACGCCGCUUUCUUGAGCACUGCCUCCAGACUGACCUCAGGGCCUUCUUUGCAGAAUCCUGUUUCCGUUUCUCCCUAACCAAUCGAAGGCCGCCCCCCUUCUGUUCCCGCGGAUACCUGAGGAAACAAGGGCUCAUAAGAAACGGUCAUCUCUGGCGGCAUGCACAGAACACAGGGCUCAGGCCUGCCUCUCAUAGCUCUUGGGACUGCUCCUGACAUCACUCCCCUCCCUGAUCACAUGAGUCACUCCUGAGCCAGUGACUUCAGGAAUUAACUUGGACCUUUGAUUACGAAACUUGUGGCUCCUAGUUGUCACAGAAAUGCCUGAUGUCAUAGGAUAAUGAAGACCCUUUGGAAUCAUUAACUGUUUGAAUAAGCGUGUGAGACAACUUGAAUGGCUGUCUAUCCUGAAAAGGCUAAUUCUGAUAACCUGACCAUUUUUAUUGUAUUUGUUGAAGACUCAAACCCAUUUGGCCCCAUUCUCUGUUCUCUCUCUCUUCAAACAGUAAUGACUAUUCACAGCUUGGAGGGGUUUAACAAAGGUGUGGGGUGUGUGUGUGUGUGUGACCACUUUAUUAGUUAGACCUGUACACCAGGCUGUUGAUGCAAAUAUUUCAUCAGCCAAUCGUGGCAGCAACUGAAUGCAUAAAAGCAUGCAGAUGUGGUCAAGAGGUUUAGUUCAGUUGAGGUUUUUCAGACCAAAUGUCAGUAUGGGAAGAAAUUUGAUCUAAUUGACUUUGACCAUGGAAUGAUUUCACACACAACCGUAUGUAGAGUUUGCAGAGAAUGGCGCACAAAACAAAAAACAAUGAGCAGCACUUCAGUGGGCAAAAACGUGUUGUUAAUGAGAGAGGUCACAGGAGAAGGGCCGGACAGGUUGAAGCUGAUAGGAAGGUGACGGUAAUGCAAAUAACCACGCAUAAAAACAGUAGUAUGCAGAAGAGCAUCUCUGAAUGCAUAAUGCAUCAAAACUGUAAGUGGACAGGUGACUUCAUUUGGUAUAGAAGUAUGUGUAUUCAUAUAUUAUUAAUUAUGCAAUAUAUUUACAUUUUGUGAUACAAUUGCUAUAUUUUGUAGUUAACGUAUUUGCAAUAAAAAAAUUUUUUUCAUAAUAA